AUGCAUAUUAAUUCAAAUACUAUCUUAUUCGGUCGAACGAUUCUUCUUGUUCCCUACGGGAAGCAUCAUGUAAAAAAAUAUCAUACAUGGAUGGAAAAUGAAGAAACAAGAGAACUUACUGCUUCAUUACCUUUAACUAUUGAUGAAGAAUACGAAAUGCAACAGACAUGGCUAAACGAUAAAGAUAAAUGUACAUUUAUUGUUUUAUCAAAAGAAAUAUUUGAUCAAACGCAUGACGAAAUAGAAUCAAUGAUUGGUGAUGUGAAUUUAUUUUUAAAUGAUCUUGAUGAUAUUCAUUGUGGUGAAAUUGAAAUCAUGAUUCCUCAAGCUACAGAACGACAUAAAGGUUAUGGAAUAGAAACAUUCUAUACAUUUAUUCGUUAUGCAAUUGAAACACUGAAUAUAACUCGAUUUGUAGUUAAAAUUGGUCUACAAAAUUUACCAAGUAUUAAUUUAUUUACAAAAAAAUUACAAUUUCUAGAGAUUGAAAAAUCAGAAGUAUUCCAAGAAACUACAAUGGAACGUCGUGUGGAUAAUGAUUUCAUCGAAUUUCUACAUAGUAAAACACCUAAUUAUGAAAUUGAUUCGUAUGAGAACUUAAUUAUCAAUAAAACAAUCUGA